AUGGGAGCCAAGUGUCAGGAAUGCAAGAACCGCAAGGACAUGGAUAGUACGCCGACGCAUACUCGACUCGCGCAUAUGUACGAUGUGGACGUGCUGGUCGAGGGGUUCCGCAACGCAGGGCUCAACGCGGCGUGCGUCGUCGACAUGAUGAACGACGGUGCGUCGGAGCGAGCUUUACACGACGCCCUCAAGGUGAUUCAGGAGAACGACGUCGCCUGGCAUGACCGCGUGGAGCACAUUGUCCUACUGGGCAUUUUCCGGUGGAAGAGCGCAAAGCCGAAAAAGACAUGA